AUGCUGAUACCCCUGAGUGGGCUGCUCUGGUGGUGGUGCUGCUGCUGCUGCUGUGCCUGGUACCACUGUGGAUUGUGUGCCCCAGCUCCCCAGAUGUUGCGCCACCAGGGUCUCCUCAAGUGCCGCUGCCGCAUGCUCUUCAAUGACCUGAAGGUUUUCCUCCUGCGGCGCCCACCUCCAGCGCCCCUGCCCAUGCACGGAGAACCCCAGCCCCCUGGUUUGGCGGCCAACAAUAACACCCUUCCGGCUCUGGGUGCCGGGGGGUGGGCAGGCUGGAGGGGCCCUCGAGAAAGGAUGGGCAGGGAGACCCCUCCUCUGCCACCUCCACCACCUUUGCCACCUUCUGUGGAAGAUGACUGGGGUGGCCCAGCUACAGAGCCACCUGCCUCACUGCUCAGCAGUGCCUCCUCAGAUGACUUCUGUAAGGGAAAGACUGAGGAUCGCUACUCACUGGGUAGCAGCCUGGACAGUGGCAUGAGGACCCCGCUCUGCCGCAUCUGCUUUCAGGGGCCAGAACAGGGGGAGCUGCUGAGCCCUUGCCGCUGCGAUGGCUCGGUCAAGUGCACACACCAGCCUUGCCUCAUCAAGUGGAUCAGCGAGCGGGGCUGCUGGAGCUGCGAGCUGUGUUACUACAAGUACCACGUCAUCGCCAUCAGCACAAAGAACCCUCUACAGUGGCAGGCCAUCUCUCUGACAGUCAUUGAGAAGGUUCAGAUCGCAGCUGCCAUCCUGGGCUCCCUCUUCCUCAUCGCCAGUAUCUCCUGGCUCAUCUGGUCAACCUUCAGCCCCUCAGCAAAAUGGCAGCGCCAAGACCUCCUCUUUCAGAUCUGCUACGGAAUGUAUGGAUUCAUGGACGUGGUGUGCAUAGGUCUCAUCAUCCACGAGGGGCCCUCCGUGUACCGCAUCUUUAAACGGUGGCAGGCUGUCAACCAGCAGUGGAAAGUGCUGAACUAUGAUAAGACGAAAGACUUGGAGGAUCAAAAGGCAGGAGGAAGGACAAACCCCCGGACCUCCUCGUCCACCCAGGCCAACGCCCCCUCCUCAGAAGAGGAGGCUGUGGGCACCCCUGCUCCGGAGGAAGGCCCUGCUCGGGCGGCCAGCCACCCCUCAGGCCCUCUGUCCGAUCACCACUGUGCUUACACCAUCCUGCACAUCUUGAGUCACUUAAGACCUCAUGAACAGCGGACGCCCCAGGGCGGCAGCAGAGAGCUGGUCAUGAGGGUCACUACUGUGUGAAAGGAGAGACCACGGAGGGAGACCGUGACCACGCACAUGCGCACAAGAAAAAGGAGAAGAUGGGCUAGGAAGGGCCCGCCCCGACAGGACGCCGU